AAAUACAUGGAAAUGUAGAUUCUAGACGGUGUUCAGUGCUAAGACUUAUAUUCUCAAAAUUUCUUAUGGUAUUCUAAAUGUACAAAAUUUAUAUUUUAUACUAACAAAUUGUUGUUGUGAAAAUUUUUCGAAACAUACAUAAUGGCGACUACCUAUAGAGCUGACUAUAUUCCGCACUGUAUUCCUGAUCCAAAUCCCAAACCUAUCGAGGAGGUAAAAGUAGAAGAACCAAAGCCAAAAACUAAGAUUUACAAGAUAUUUGGAGAAAGACAAGAUUGUCUUAAUGAAUAUCCUUACCGUUACCUAGACUCUGUAAUCACUGCGUAUCCUGAUGUGGUAGAUGUAAUAAGACGUUUGCCUAAAACAGAGCUUUGUAGGCGUAUAGACAGACAAGUAUUAUUAACCAACUAUAAUCUUGACUAUAAUAAGCACAAAGAGUACCCACUAGGUAUAUAUGAGACAAUGAAAAACGCAAUAGCCACUGGUGCACGUACUCUACCAUGCAGAAAACGUAAGCAUAUCUUAGUUCAAUUAGAGGAUUUAAGAAACGAAAUGAACACGACUUGUGCCAAAGCUUACAGAAGAGCAGAGUGCUUCGGUUGUUAUAGGGGCCAAGAUAGCGAACAUAGAAAAUUAAAAGAUGGACGGAUUUCUGAAUAUGCUGCAAGUAUAAGCCGAACUGGUUGCGUAAUAAAGAAGAAUAAAUUGCACGAUCAUAAGAAAUGCUAUAGGUCUACUUGUAUACAUGAACUACGCUACCCUUGUGCUAAAUAUGUUUAGGUUCACAUGUGUGGUAUUCAAUUAUGUAGAUAUAGUACCACAAUCGAAUGAACAUUGAAGAAACCAUUUCAGGAACAACAUUUAGAUGAAAGCCAAAUCGUAAUAUAAAUCUUUAAUCCUGCACUGUUUUUGAUGUUUGACGAUUUCGAUCCAUGUACAUUAAAUUUAAAAAUUUUUCUAAAUAAAAUACCCUCAAAAAACGUCUUA